AUGCUAUCCCUUUCUAUUCUUCCCUUUCUAGCCUUUGGGCUCAUCUGUUCUGCAAAGCCACUUGAAAAGCGACAGACAACCGACACCACUUCCUUCAAGCUGUAUGCGUAUGGCCCAGACAUUAGCGGACUGCCCAUCUUCUAUUUGAACGGUACUGCCCAUGUUGCAGAUGUAUCCAAAGUAGGCGCAACGACAAUGGCCGCAAUGACCCCAGUCAACUUCACUGCCUCCACUGAUGGGUCGAACACCUGGACGGCACAUCCCAGUUCUACCGAGAGCGUUACCACUCUCUCGACCAAUACCAAUAAACUGUGUCUAGACCAGGGCAGUACAAACUCCAACCCAGUCGGAUUUACUGGAACAACAUCGAGGGAGCAGACAAACCAGCUCAGCAAUGUGUGGUCCCUGUAUGGGAACUACGUCCUAGUCACUGUGAGCGGGGCCAACUUUUACGCGAGACAAACCGAGGACGGCUUGUACUCUCUACUUUGGAGUAUCUCAGCUGAGGCGAUGACGGAUACUAUACCGCUAGUGCUACGGACCGCUGAGCCGGCGACGGAAUCUGUGACCUGA